UAUAAAUUUUUUCUAAUAUUAUAUGGCAAUCUAAUUGGGCUUGGCAACAUCAGAAAUGGGAAGGAAGAUUAUUCCCGAAUUAUACCCUUCUGCAUCUAUUGACACUCUCAGACUUAACAGGUAUACUUCAAAUGAAAUCCCAAAUCCAGAUAAAUGGUUGUAGCUGCCAUUUUUUCUGUCUCGCUCUAGCAUAAAGCAGACUUACAAUUUACAUUUGUCAGUUGGUUCAGGUUGUAAAUAUAACUGCCUAUAUUGGCUGUCCUUAUGCUGUCCCGACUUUGAAGUGCCCAGCUGGCAAACAUGGACACACCGUAGAAAUAAAUGUAAGAAUCUUGCUUGAAUGCAUACAGAUGCAUGUGUGUUCAGAAGAGUGGAAACCUGAGACAGUAGCAGAGAGUGAAGUACAAUUUGGGGGCAGAAACUCUCCCCAGUUUUCUGGAAGGUCCUCAGAGUUAGGAGCAGGAGUCUCUCUAUGAAAUGAGUGAAGGAGGAAACAGGCUUUGUAGGGGAUUUCUGGUGAAGUUAAGGCUUUGACUGAGACCAAUAUGCAUGCUUUUAGGAUAUUGGUGCACAUUUUAGAUGUCAAUUGUAAUGUGUCCUAUUGGGAGUUAGGGGAUGAUUUUUUUCUCUGAAUAGCUAAGAGAAUCGGAGAAGAGUCUAGGAUAUAGGGCAGAAGGGGUAAUCUGCUUAGAGUCUGAGAUGACUCUUGAAUCGUAGACUUGGGGCCUUUGAGGAGGCAGUUUUGGUAUUGAAAGCCUGUGACUGGUGAGAUUUCAGGUUUCUUCAUUAAGCAAAAAGUUUCGAAAGUUCUGACACUUAAUUGGUCAAAAAAGGGAAUAACUAAAAGUUUGUUCUGCUUUCCGCAGUCUGAUUGCUUAGGGACGCCCUGAACCUGGGCUAAUUAAGAACAGGUACCUCAGUGACUAAGUCCCCUUGGGAAGGAAGGUAGUGGGAGGGAAGGAGAGAGAAAGAGACCCUCAGUUCCCACAAUGCUGUCAUUUCUGGAGUUUCUGCUCAGCUCCUGUUGAGUAAGUUGCUGUGGCCCCUGUAUAUGCAUCAGCAGUAGCCAGACAGAUUAUCCAAGUCCUGGAGAGUCUGAGAAGGGUGGAGAGGCCCCUCCAUGGGGGUGAGUAUUUUCUCAGGGUUUUCCUCUAGGAAGGAAAGAGUAGGAGAAGAUCAGAUUGGAGUUCUGGGCUUGGCUACCUGUUAGAACAAAGGAGGCCCAGAGCUUAAAGAGUGGUUGAGGACACCACCGAAUCCCCUCUACACAGCAGAGAGCAGAUUUAUUUCUCCUCUGUUCCAAUGUUAAAAACAGUCACUGCUAAGAUUCUUCUAUAUUUUUUCACCCAGUGCCCAAUACACAGACAUUUUAGCAAUGCAGAUCACUGAGCCAUCCCCACAAUACUGUUCUUAACCUGUUUGCCCAUCAUUCCAACCUUCAGAGGCUUGGAGGAGGUGGCAUGAGUAAGGGAAGUGAAGAAGGGGAAAUGGUAAUGUGAGCCAUGAAAGCAAAUCAAGAAGAGUGGGCUCCAUGGGGUAUGGCCCGACUGCUUUAAUGAGCAUCAAGUACUAUUUAACCAUAUAGCACACAUCCAAGCAACCAUCAUGUAGGGAAAUUUAUCAGCAUGACUUUAUAGCUCAACAAUAACAUAGAUAUAAAUAUAGAUGUAGAUACAGACACAGAUAUAGAUAGAUAUAUACACACAUGUCCCUGCCUUCAUAGAGUUUAUAUUCUAGUAUCAUAGAUGAACUGUGAAUACAUGAAAUUAGAUUUCCUGUCCUCCUUCCUUGCCUUAUAUUUAUUCCAGCAUGAUGAAUAGACUAGCAUAAUAAUUGUACUUACUUGCCUUGUAUAUAAGCUGGCAUCCACCCUCCCCUUGAAUGUGAGCUCCAUAGGGCAGGAAUUUUUGUUUGUUCUAUCCACUGCUGAAUUUGCUUAAUGUUAAAUUAAGGAAUAAAGUUAGUAUACAUAUCAAAUCAGGUAAUAAAAAGUGCUACAAAGAAUGGUAAAGUCCAUAAGCUAGCAAGCCAUUCCUAAUUGGUGUAGGGUUACUGGAUAGAAUCCUCUGAGGAGAUGACAUUUGAGUAAUAGGAUGAAAAAAGUGAGAGGUCGAGUUCCAGACAGACAUCCUAAGGGCCUACUGGCCUCAUAUCUAUCCUUGUCAGUGCCAGGUGCCACUUUUCCUCCCUCCCAGCACUUUGCAAAUCACAUGGAGUUAGAGAAGAAUGAUUCUUCCCUGGGAAAUUAUCUCAAGUUCUAUAGUUCUCAUUUAUAGAUGUGUCUGCUCUGUACCAUGGAAGUUUACACUCUGGGAAAAGCAGGGGUGUUGGUCUUAGUCCUCUGCUGCUUUUCUACUGCCCCACGAUAAGUCUAGACAGUACUAGUAAGGAUGAGGCACAGGGUUCAAUAUUCCAUGUUUUGAACAUCACCUAGAACACCUUUCUAUCAUCUGCUACAAUUAGCAUAAGAGGAAAUGACACAAUCCCAGGCCUGGUGUGGCUGAUCAACACAGCUUCAUAAGUGGCCAGUUUAAACACUCUUAUCCUCUGUCCCCUGAGAGAAGGCAUAUCCAGUGGUGUAAAAAAACAAGAAAGGGUUCUUAUCCUCUAUAGAGAUGAAGGAGUCCUCAUCUUCAAGACAGGCGAUCUUGAGGUAGAUUGGAGGUCACCACAUUGAGGUGUGGCCUUGUGCAGAGCAUUGCAGUCGGGGCUUUUCACCUGGUCUUCAGGUUGGAGAUAGUUUCUCAUCCUAACCUGUCUUCCUUCUCUUUGGAGAACAGGACCAUGUGGAGCCAUGUUACCAGUCUUCGAGCUCUAGGUUUUUCAAAAACAGAAACAAGGAGUAAAUGAUGAACAAUCUCUCUGGUGCCACUGAGUUCUGCCUUCUAGGCUUUCCCGGGUCCCAAGAACUACACCACACUCUUUUUGCCAUAUUCUUUUUCUUCUACUCAGCAACGUUAAUGGGAAACACAGUCAUCAUCGUGAUUGUCUGUGUGGAUAAACGUCUGCGGUCCCCUAUGUAUUUCUUCCUUGGUCAUCUCUCUGCCUUGGAGAUAUUGGUUACAACUAUUAUUGUGCCUGUGAUGCUUUGGGGAUUGAUGCUCCCUGGGAUGCAGACAAUAUCUCUGGCUGCAUGUGUCACCCAGCUCUUCCUGUACCUUGCUGUGGGGACCACAGAGUUCGCAUUACUGGGAGCGAUGGCUGUGGAUCGUUACGUGGCUGUCUGUAACCCUUUGAGGUACAACAUCAUUAUGAACAGCCACACCUGCAUCUGGGUGGUCAUUGUGUCAUGGGUGUUUGGGUUCCUCUCUGAAAUAUGGCCAGUCUAUGCCACAUUUCAGUUUACCUUCUGCAAGUCAAAUCUGUUAGACCAUUUUUUCUGUGACCGAGGGCAACUGCUCAAACUAUCCUGUGGUGACACUCUUUUCACAGAGUUUGUUCUCUUCUUAAUGGCUGUUGUCAUUAUCAUUGGUUCGCUGGCCCCAACAAUAGUCUCCUACACCUACAUCAUCUCUACCAUCCUCAAGAUCCCCACAGCCUCGGGCCGGAGGAAAGCCUUCUCUACGUGUGCCUCUCACUUUAUCUUUGUUGUGAUUGGCUAUGGAAGCUGCUUGUUCCUGUUUGUAAAACCUAAGCAAACACAGGCUGCUGAGUACAACAAGAUAGUUUCCCUGUUUAUUUCUGUGGUAACCCCUUUCCUGAACCCUUUCAUCUUCACCCUGCGGAAUGACAAAGUCAAAGAGGCCCUUCGGGAUGGUAUGAAACGCUGCUGUCGACUGGUCAAGGAUUGAUUCUUCUAUGUCAAUUUUGUUUGGAAACACAGUAAUCAUUGGGGAUUAUUAAGUAACCUAGAAAACCCUAAUUCCUCUCUUAUCAUUAUCAUCCUUUCAGAAGCAAAUGGUAUGUACAGUUUCCAGUCAGGCCAUGGAAGAAGACAAAGAAGAUGAAAAUGAAACCCAUCUGUGCUCACUAGAAUCUCAUUCAUCAGUUCCUGCUGCUUCCACUAUUGAACUAUGGAAGCAUAUCUUUGGGAAGUGGGAGGAAGUAGAGAAAAGAAACACAUAUAUUUUUGUAGCAAUCUAUAGCUCAGUUAAUUCGCUUAUAAUCCCUUUCUCAAAAUGUGUAUCCUGAUGGAGGAAGGAUAUGGGAGAAGGCUAAGGGUGCAGGUCUGGAAUAAUUAGAGUACCAAGGAAGAGAAGCUCACUUUUGUUGUCCUUGUCACCAUUGUUAAAUGUUGUAGACUUUUUCUAUAUUUUGUCCAAUUUCUUGACAAGAUCGCCACAUGUAUUUUAAAUAUUGUGUUUCUCUCUUACUCUUGUGGUUUAUCGUGCGGUUUAUUCUGGUCCCAUUCUACUGCAAAGUAAAUAAAAUGUUAUAUACAUUUUUUUUUUUGCCACAGAAGCAACCUAGAUUGGUGAGAUGGGGAUUGGAAUACUUUUUUUUUUUUCAGUAAAUCUUUGUGAAGUAAAUAUAUGAAAUAUUUUGGGAUGUUUGGGAAUUGACACAAAUAAGAAUUAAAUGACUAAUUCUACAGAGAAUUAGCAUUUUAGAGCUGCUUAAAUCAACUAUUUCUAGUGAGACUGCUCCCAGACCCAGACUUCAGGCUUCAUGAUGCCUUUAUUUCUUUGUCUCCCAAAUCCAUGUGUAUUAGUACCUUUCCAUAGAUCUUCUCUGUGGGGAGCAUCAAAGGAAUGAGAAGCUACCCUCUUAACUCACAGUCCUUCAGGAAUUCCAGGGCAUGGCUAUUUAGCAAUGCAGUUGUAGGAUAUUCAUAAUGUUUGAGGAAGGGAUUUGAUGGAAGGUGUUGAUUAAAUUAUAACACUCAGCACCUGAACUGGGUGGAUAUAUUGAGACACCCAGCAGUGGAUGAUGGUGUUCCAUAGGUUUGCAAAGAGUGCUGUGUGGGGAUGCCUUCCAUUUGAUGAGGACAAGGAAGACCACCACAUAUGACCUAGUUGAUUUCACCUCAUACGGGCACUAGAUGAGGUGUUGAGUGGGGCCUUAAUCCAACCCAUGUUCUGCUAGCCAACCAGUGGGUUGUAAUGGGACUUCAUUGGCUAGAGAAAGGGCUGAAGGUUGUCACAAAGGUACUCACCCACAUCCACAUUCAUUUUCUGAGGUCUGUCAGUUUUUUCUCCUUCAGUAAUGCAGAAAGGAUGCCUUUUCUAAUUUGUACAAAGGCUUUUCAUAGCACAAGAAUAGGAAAUUUUAUAUAUUUUUGGUGGGAAUAUAAAAUAUUUUGGUCCAAGUAAUUAGACGGUAGGAAACUUAGUAAACAUAUGCUGUACAUAUAUAAUAUUGCCUAUUCUCAAAUCUGUUGAUUCUUUUUUCCAGCUUUAUUGAGUCUACUAAUGAGCUUAUGAAAGGAGUUCUUUUCCCCUCAUGCAGUAUUUUUUAGUUUAUAAUAUCUUCCUUUGAUUCUUUCUUACAGUUUUUAUUUCUCUACUGAAAACCCUUCUUGUUUACGCAUGUUGGUCACCUUUUCCACUACAUCAUUUUACAUAUUAAUCCUAGUUACAUUACUUUUACGGAAGUCAAUAUUUACUAGUAUAAUAUUUUAUUUAUUUAUUUAUUUAUUUGGAUUAUAGUACUCUUUAUUUUUAAAUUGAAGUGCAAUUAACAUACAACAUUACACUAGUUACAGAUGUAUGGUGUAUUGUUUCAACUAUUCUAUACAUUACUCAGUGUUUACCACAAUAAGUGUAGUCAGCAUACAACAUUGCUACAAUAUGAUUGACUAUUCCCUAUGCUGUGCUUUUCAUCUUGGUGCUUACUUCAUAACUGAAAGUCUGCACUUUUUAAUCCUGUUUAUCUAUUACACCCAUCUCCCAACCCGCCUCCCUCUGGCAAAUACCAAUUAGUUCUGUACUGAGUUUUUUUGGCUUGUUUGUUUUGUUCAUUUGUUAUGUUUUUUAAGACUCCACAUAUAAGUAAAAUCAUAUGGUAUUUGUCCUUCAAUGUCUGACUUACUUCACUUAGUAUAUAUUACUUUCUAGGUCCGUCAAUACUGUCUCAAAUGGCAAGAGCUUAUUUUUUAACGAAUGAGUACCAUUCCAUUUUACACACACACACACACACACACACACA